UUUUUAAAGGCAGUGCUUUAAUGCCUUUCUAGUUGCCGGGUUAAUCCUUCCUUCCGCGAUAUCCAACUUAUCUACGUGGGGGGUCAUUAGACUCCAAGUAGAUCCGGAAAUGUUGAAUUCUCUCCUCUUCUUAUUGCGAUAUAAAAUGUUUUUUGUUUCAUUUCAUUUACAUUGGGAAAUAGAGAAACGAUCAUUGUGUUUUGUUAGUUUUAAAAACUUUUGAUAUAUUAGUAUUUUGCAUUAUAAGCAGUCAACCGAUUGACAAACAAGAAUUAUUUGAAUUCCGUGAAGAAAGAGCUCGGGUUAAUUUCGAGUGUUAUCUGCAAUCUAGAUGUUUAUAAAUCAUUUCAGUCGUUGAUAUAAUAAUUAAAGGUCGACUGAACAUGAAUUAUAUUAUACAAUUUAAAGCGCAUUUCUGUUUAUGCACGUGAACCCGUCUAACGUUAUUUUCGCAGUUAUAUAAAGUAGCAAAUUAUCGUUCCUGAAUAGGUGGCGCCGUGGUAGCGGAUCCUGUUCCUCUACUUCCGGUUUCUGCACUGUGCAACUAUUUCAGUUAUAUUUUUAAUUAACGAUGCCAAGUACUUGUUGUUGUGUACCUGGAUGUCAUUUAAGAGGAGGACAUGCAUUUCCAAAUGACUUAAAAAGAAGGAAAAGUUGGAUCAACGCCAUGGCCCAUACGCAGAUUGGACGAGAACACGAUGAUAUCGUGGAGUCCAUCUCAAUCAGCUGUUGUUUGCAAGGCACGUUUUACUGAAAAAGACUACGUGCAGGAAACUAUUCAUGGGCGCAAACCCACCAUACAGAGACUUAAGUCUACUGCAAUUCCCAGCCUAUUUUCCUGGACCAAGCAAGAGACUGAAUCGUCCACAAAAAGAAAAAUCAGGGCAGUUUCCUGUGAAAACAAAAGAACUAAACUUGAUGAAUAUUGUAGUAGAAAUCUAGAGGAAAGUUUUAAUUGUAAAGUUGGUUUUCCUGAAGAAGUCAUUCAUACUGCAGAAAGGAUUUAUGACUGUCCACCACCAACUGCCGAGCUAAUGUUGAGCUUCACAGAUGGAAUUACGCAAACACCAUCAAUGCCUAUGUUUUCAGCAGAGAAUUUUGAAAUGAAGACACGUGACACAGCCAUGCAUUUUUAUACCGGUUUAGAGUUGUAUACUAAAUUUUUAUUUGUUUUGACCACACUUGGUCCAGCAGCACAUUGUUUGAGAUACAUAUAUUUUCAAAUUGAUAGGGUGUCAGUUGAAAAUCAGUUUUUUUAUGACUUUGAUGAAAUUGAGGCAUCAUACAACCAACUUUGAACUGUCUAGAUUCUAGAUUGAAUCUAGUGUUAAGAAUAUUGUGUAUACAUGGAUUGUUUUUAUGUCUAAACAGUGGUGUGAGGCUAACACUUGGCCAUCUAGUGGUUUAGUCAGGUAUUUUUCACCAUCCAACUUCAAAUUAAAGUUUCCUACGACUUGGAUUAUUAUUGACAGCACAGAAUAUCCCGUGAUAAAACCUAAAGCUCCUAGAGCUCAGGCAACCUUUUCAUCAAAUAAAAACAGAAACACUGAAAAUUCUUGAAUGUUCGACACCUGGUGGUUUAGUCAACUAUGUCUCUAUGUCACAUAGAGCGAAUUAUUGGACUUGGCAAAACAUACAAAAUUCUAAUAAAUCCUAUGAAUGGAACUGAAACAAAACUUUCAUCUGAAAUAACAUUUAGUUGUUUUAUGUUGUGUAAUUUUAGAACUUGUAUUGUGCCAAAGGAUGCAUAAAUAAAAGUGACGCAAUGAA